AUGGCUGCUAUAUCUUUUCUGUGGGUUUGUAUUCUCUUCGUGCUAGGCCCCGUUGCAGCCGAGGAUACAGCUGCCGCUGCCCUGGCCGUGGAUACGGCGUUGAACCAGACGUUACUAUGGGGUCCCUAUCGUCCUAAUUUGUAUUUCGGAAUGCGUCCGCGGAUUCCAAAGAGCUUGCUUAUGGGGUUGCUGUGGGCAAAAGUCGACAAUUACCAGACAGCUCAGGAGAACUUCAGGCAUACCUGUGAGCAGAAUGAGGGAAUGGAGGGCUAUGGCUGGGAGGAAUAUGACAUCCGAAACGGCGGCAGACAGACCAUACACGAUUCCCGCAACACAAUUGACCUUACGAUAGACUUCGUAAAGAUCCCGGGGGGGACUUACGGCGGUAGCUGGGGUGCUCGCAUUAGGGGAGUACCUCGUCCCGAUGCACCUCCUAAUCAGCCUACAACAUUGAUAUUUUAUGCUGGGUUGGAAGGACUUGGGAAGCUGGGACUGCAAAACGAGCCCAAUGAGCUCGGAUAUGCAGGAGAUGUCAGGCUUGAGGGAAACGCAAUAGGCCUGGGUGACUUUACUAUUGAUAUCACCCGUGGUCCGAAUACCAACACGUACCCUGAGCGGAUGCACCCAAGCUACGUCGACAAGCCGUUGGACAGAACAAUCGUUUCAAGCAUGACCGUCCCGCCAGAGGCUCUUUGGCAGGGAAAGACUAUACUCUUCACACAUAUGAAACAAUAUAUUGAAGCUGCCGUAAAGAAGUUUGGAGAAGGGAAUGUACCUCCUCCUCCGGCAUUGCUCACCCUUACAAAUACUCAGGGUGGAGGUAACAUUCACUAUAUACAGAAAGUCUUCCGCGGAUCUUUUGAGUUUGAUAUUAUUUUCUCGUCAGGGACAACCGAAAAACCACUGACCUCAUCCACUCUCACAAAGCGGAUUAAGGAUGUAUCUGCUACAUUCGCCCAAAAGUUUGAGAAUAUCUUCAGACCGCUCGCUCCGUUCAAAAAUCCAGACUACUUGCGGUUCUCAAAGGAAAUGCUCUCCAAUUUAGUAGGCGGAAUCGGUUACUUUUACGGAGAUUCUAUUGUUGACCGCACUUAUGCUCCUGAGUACGAUGAAGAGAAUGAAGGAUUCUGGGAAGAGGCUGCCGAAGCUCGAUCCCGUGCCCAACUCACGGUCGCAAAUCCAUCUGAAUUAUUUACUUCAGUACCUUCCAGGCCCUUCUUCCCCAGGGGGUUCCUGUGGGACGAGGGCUUCCACCUGUUGCCAAUAUUGGAAUGGGAUCUUGACCUGACGCUUCAGAUUGUCAAGAGUUGGCUGAGUCUCAUGGAUGAAGAUGGAUGGAUUGCCAGAGAACAAAUCCUAGGACCUGAGGCUAGAAGCAAAGUUCCAAGGGAAUUCCAAACCCAAUACCCUCACUAUGCCAACCCGCCUACAUUGUUUCUUGUUCUCAGAGAAUUCAUGAACAAAGCUUCCCUAGGAAAAUCUUCUGGCCCCGAUAGUCCUAACAACUCCGCUUAUUCUGACAAUAAAGAGCUUGGCAUAACAUUCCUUCGUUCAAUAUAUCCCCUACUCCGUCGCCAUUAUUUCUGGUUUAGGAAGACCCAAUGGGGCGAUCUCAAAUCUUAUGAAAGAGACUCUUUCUCUACGAAGGAAGGAUAUCGAUGGCGAGGACGUUCGGUCGAGCACAUCCUCACGUCUGGCCUGGAUGACUACCCUAGACCCCAGCCGCCUCACCCUGGUGAGCUUCACGUUGAUCUCAUAAGCUGGAUGGGCAUGAUGACCCAAUCUUUGCGAGACAUUGCCGGAGCAUUAGGUGAGACAGCUGAUGUCGAGGAAUUCACCAAAUAUGAAACUGCUAUUCUUAGAAAUAUUGAUGAUCUCCAUUGGAAUAAGGACGCAAAGACAUAUUGUGAUUCCACAAUUGAUGAUUACGAAGACAGUGUUCAUGUAUGCCAUAAGGGGUAUAUCUCAAUUUUCCCUUUCAUAACGGGUCUUCUGGAUGCCAAACACCCGAGAUUGGGAGAUAUCUUAAAUCUCAUCCAGGAUUCAGACGAACUAUGGAGUGACUACGGCAUCCGAAGUCUGAGCAAAAAGGACGAAUUCUUCGGAACUGGCGAGAACUACUGGAGGGGCCCUAUUUGGAUCAAUAUGAAUUAUCUGGUCCUCAGUAAUCUUCUGAGAGUCGCGCAGGUUGCUGGUCCCCACCAGGAACAAGCAUCUGAGAUGUAUACAAAGCUACGCAAGAAUAUAGUCGAGAAUGUUUACAAAGAGUGGAAGAACACUGGCUUUGCUUGGGAGCAGUACAACCCCGAUACAGGCAAAGGCCAGCGAACACAGCACUUCACCGGUUGGACCAGCCUUGUGGUAAAAAUGAUGACUAUGCCCGAUUUAAAUGCCCAAUCCAGCGCUAAAGACGAAUUGUAA